GUUCUGGUUUACGGCAACAAAAGGGGGAAACUGAGUUUAAAUCUGCACAGUUUGGGUCUAAACUUUCUCAUGAAUUAACACGGUAUGCUGGAGGCUUCAGCUAACAUUUACCGAUGGCCACCCCAAGCAAGACACCACCUGGUGCCGACCCGAAACAGCUGGAGAGAACCGGGACAGUUCGGGAGAUCGGCUCCCAGGCGGUGUGGUCCCUGUCCUCCUGUAAACCAGGUUUUGGAGUGGAUCAGCUGAGGGAUGACAAUCUGGAGACCUACUGGCAGUCUGAUGGAUCCCAGCCUCACCUGGUCAACAUUCAGUUCAGGAGGAGGACGACGGUGAAGAUGCUGUGUAUCUACGCUGAUUAUAAAUCGGACGAGAGCUACACCCCGAGUAAGAUCUCUGUCAGGGUGGGCAACAACUUCCACAACCUGCAGGAAGUCAGGCAGCUGGAGAUGGUGGAGCCCAGCGGCUGGAUCCACAUCUCGCUCCUCAAUCAGAGAACCAAUGACCCGAUCAGCACCUUCAUGAUCCAGAUCGCCGUUCUGGCCAACCACCAGAACGGCAGAGACACCCACAUGCGUCAGAUCAAAGUCUACACGCCCGUGGAGGAGAGCUCCAUCGGAAAGUUCCCACGAUGCACCACGGUCGACUUCAUGAUGUACCGCACCAUCAGGUGA